ACAAAGAUAACCGGAACACACGUAAACAUCGCGUUUCUCCCCGGACCACUUAAUGCAUCGGACUGUCAACAAACAAUAUGGCGGCUUAACCGAACUCUACUCGAAGUAACAAAUGGCGUUGUGGUGUUAAAGAAGCUCGCUGACGUCACUGACAUCAAUAUCUGCCUCGAGCCUUCUGUGUUGCCACAACAACGCGCGAGACCGUCAAUACGUCAAGGUCAUCGAAGGAGAGGAAGGACCCGCUUCUGGAGGCUGAGCGUGGAGCUCCACUGACGCCAUGGUGCUGAAGGUCUUCUUCCCGCAGUGCUGUAACCGGGCCGACAGCGGCCUGCUGGUCGGCCGCUGGAUCUCCGGCCACGACUCGGCCGUGGUGCUGGCGGUGAUCCACUACCCCUUCAUCCCGGGGCAGGUCAAACAGUACGUCCAGAAGAUGCAGGCUCAGAGUGGGGUGGAGCUGUCGGUGCUCGGCUCCUGGAGUUUACCCAAAGACGGACAGGAGGGCAUGGAGAGCUUCCUGAGAGACCUCAGCACCAUCUUCCCCCAGGAACGCUGGCUCCAGAUCAACCGCGAGCUGGGCAAGACGGGCUUCACCUGCCAGGUGGUCCACCGCGAUCAGAAUGGAAAAGUAGUCCAGAGGGAAGCGAAGAAGAAGGUUGAGGGAGGUGAUGAAGAAGAGGAGGAGGAGGAGGAGGAGAAGGUGAUCUUUGUCCACUACGAGCAGAAGAAGGUGAUGUUCUCGCAGCUCCACCCCGUGGAGAACGGAGUUCCUCACCCCACAACGGAUCCCCCGUCCGAGCUGAGACAGAUGUUCCGGACUGUGGCCAGCAGCGCCCCUCUCUUCUUCCUGGAUCGCUACGACAACGGGCCGCUGAAGUCCACCCACUGGCAGACGGAGGGACGGGAGGCGAGCAUCAUCGUGGAGCUGCUGAAGCAGGCGUCCGUCCCGCUCUGCCUGCUCAUCGGCUGGCUGCUCUCCGUCUGGUCCUGGAUCUGUAACCUCCGGGUCUUCAGCCUCUUCCCACUGCGCUUCCUGUCCAGUAAGCUGUCCACGUGUGUGCAGCUGAGCUACAGAAGCGAACACAUGAGGACGCUGAGCUCCAGGACGCCCGCCGCCGGACACGCCCACUUCAUGAGGAAGGCCAACAUGGUGGUGUCCUUCCUGGUGGACGUGUCUCUGGGCAUGUUGCUGGUCUGGUGGCUCUACAGAGACGAGCACAUCUCCAUGUUGGCCAACGCGCUGCUUCCUGCAGCUGAGCAUGUGGCGAAGGAGCUGGAGGAGCUGCUGCAGUGGCUGAUGGGAGCUCCCGCUGGGCUGAAGAUGAACCGGGCUCUGGACCAGGUCCUGGGUCGCUUCUUCCUCUAUCACAUCCACCUGUGGAUCAGCUACGUCCACCUGAUGUCCCCCUUCGUCGAGGGGAUCCUGUGGUACGGAGGCCUGUCGGCCUGCUUCGGCCUGACCUUUGCCCUCUCGCUGCUCUCUGACAUGGUGGCCCUGCUCACCUUCCACAUCUACUGCUUCUACGUCUACGGAGCCAGGCUGUACUGCCUGAAGAUCUACGGCCUCUCGUCUCUCUGGAGGCUCUUCAGAGGGAAGAAGUGGAACGUCCUGAGACAAAGGGUGGACUCCUGCUCCUACGACCUGGACCAGCUCUUCAUCGGCACGCUGCUCUUCACCAUCCUGCUGUUCCUGCUCCCCACCACGGCGCUCUACUACCUGGUCUUCACUCUGCUGCGCUUGGUGGUGGUGCUGUUCCAGGGCGUCCUCCACCUCAGCGUGGACUUCAUCAACUCCUUCCCCCUGUUCGCUCUGGGCCUCCGCCUCACUCGCCACCACCGCCUGGCAGAGGGCGUGAAGUUCAGGGUGCUGUGUGAGGAGCCUGGGACGGCCCUCCACCUGCUGAUGGAGAUCAACCCUCUGAAGUGCAGCACGGUGGUCCAGACCUACCGCACGCCCACCUACAGCUGCUACCCCAGAGACUCGUGGGCCGCCCUGGUCAAGAAGCUGUUUGUUGGGGAGCUGGUUUACCCCUGGAGGCACAAAACCACCAAGACGGACUGAGGAGGCUCCGAGGAAAGGGAAGUGACAUGUCCGAUUGGAAGGACUGAACCUGAGAGGCCACCGUACUUUCUGAUUCUGAUCGGAGUUCAUGUUUUAGAGCCAGUAAACCUAAAAACCAGCAAGUAGUCAGGUCCUGCUGUUGUGAGAACUGUGAUCGUAAGAUGAGUAUUUCCCCUUGGGGAUUAAUAAAGUUUAUAUCUAUCCAUCUAUUUUGUUACAGUUUCGUUAAGGUCAGAUAUGAAAUUAAACUCAGUCAUUUUUAUUCUUGGUGUUUCCUUCACGGAAGCUUCACUAAAGGACCAAAUUAAAAGGCCGUGCCGGGGGAGGGGGGGGGGGGAACAAUCUGAGACAAAACUCGCAGAAGAUCUUCUCUGAGACGAAGGUUGUGACCCGCGAGCAAAAUAUAUGAAUUGUAUGUAUUUCUGUUCACCUGUAUGUAUCUUUCAGGACCUUCACUCGCUCACAGGACGUUGUUACCUUACCAAACGUUCAGGCGGCCGUUGCCAUGGUUUCACACUCCACAAGAGAACGGAUUUUGUUCCUCAACCCAAAACGGCCCAAAAGUAUUUUUCUUGUAAAUCUGUGACUUCAUAAUCACAGAAUCUUGCCGUUUAAUUUUCUUGAUAAUUUGGAUUUAUUUUCUCAGAAAUUCACCUCUUUAAUCUCAGAAAAUCUUCAAUAUAUAUUUGAGUUAAAUUCACAUUUUUUUCUGUCAUUGUUAAAAUAAUUUGAACCAUGAAUAAAAAUCUCUUCUUACUUUAGACUUUAAUUCAAUUCCCUUUUUACUUUUAACGCUGAUAGUUAGUCAUACUUUUAUAUUUAUCGUUUAUAUUUUUAGUCAUAUACCGUAUUACUGCCACAUGAAAACAGCACGACCCCACGAUUUCUGGUUUUAAUAACAUAGUCACCAUUAAACGUUGGACCUUAAAUUAGAUUUUAAAAUAUAAUUGUUCAUGAAUUUAAUUUGUAUUGGUAGUUCUUUUUUUUUAGAAAAAUGUGAGGAAUUCUUGUCGUAAAUCUGAUAUUUAUGUGUUAACUGCACUGAUCGUGUAGAUAGUUGUAGAUUUUUAGAUUUUAUAUUAUUAAAGUAUUUGCAAAAGUCAAAUAAUACAGACUGAUUUAUCUUUAUUAUUCAUAUGUUUAAUAAUUUGUGUUUUUAUUACUACAUGAAACGAUGACACUCAUUGUGUUCUGUUGCUAUGGAAACCCUUAUAACAACCAGACGGAUUCCGCUCUGGGUCAGUUUGUCAGCAUUUGUGCCAAUUUAUGUCGUUUUCAGUUCAAUAUUGUCCUUUGUAACAAACACGAUGCCUCACUCAACACAAACUCUACAAUACUUAAAGUAAUCCAUCAUAAUUAUUAUUGUUAUUGUGCCCGGCUGAUGGUUUUCAUGUUUUUGUCCCAAUCCAGGUUGAAUAUGAAUUUGUUGAUUUCUGAUGAUUUUCUGAAAUUUCUCAAUAAAUGUGUAUUUUUCUUUC